AUGUUGGAGAAAUACAACUUGCAAGAUAAUCAAUGGUUGAAGAGAAUGUUUUCUCUAAGAGAAAAAUGGGCAUUGGUUUAUGGAAGAAACACAUUUUGUGCUGAUAUGGUUUCUACUCAACGAAGUGAGUGCAUGAAUGUUGUUGUGAAGCAUUAUGUAAAUUACAAAAACAAUAUUAUCGAGGUGUUCCAUCAUUUUCAAAGGUUGAUAGAUGAUCGCCGUGAGAAAGAGUCGGCAGAAGAUUUCAAGAAUGCUCAAAGUUCUCAUGUUAUGAUAUUUCCAAUAGAAAUAUUGAAGCAUGCAUGUGUCGUAUAUACACAUAAGAUAUUUGCAUUGUUUAGCGAGGAGUUGAGGAAGGCAUUUGAAAGCAAGAUUGAAGGUGAGAGUCAACAUGAAACUUCUAUGAUAUAUAAGGUCAGACCAUUUCAUCGAGCUAAUGAACAUAUAGUCACAUAUGAUUCCAUUGAAGGUUCCAUUUUUUGCAGUUGUAGGAAGUUUGAAUUCUCGGGUAUUUUAUGCUCACAUAGUCUAGGAAUCUUAACAUUUACGAAUGUUGUUCAAAUGCCCGAUGAAUAUAUCUUAGAGCGAUGGACCAAACAUGCUAAGGGUGGAACAUCAAGAGUUUGUGAUGUAGGAGUUGUCAUUGUUGAUGAAAAAAUAAGAAAGAAGCAGCGGUAUAAAGAGUUAUGUAACUCUUUCAUGCGUGUGGCUAUAAAAGCAGGUGAGAGUGAAGAUAGUUAUACUUCUGCUUUAGAUUGUCUCCUGAAAAUGGAAAACAAUGUGGAUGGAAUGAUAGGGAAGGCAGAUAAUGUGACAAUUGAGGCAAAGGACGAAGAUGUUGCAGUUGAUGAUGAAACCAAUGAAAGUAAAAUUAAAGGCUUGAAACCUAAAGGGAGAGAUACAUACCAUUCAUGUAAGAGGCCGAAAAAUGCUUUGGAACAUGCUAUUAGUAGAAAACGAAAACCAAAGCCAAAAGCAACAAAGAGUGGUUCGCAACAUGUUUCUUCUAUGCAGGAAUCUAAAGAGACUACACUCAUUAAUGAUGACUACUGGAACGUGACAUACAAUGCUUUUGAUCCUCAAAGAACACUCUGGUCAGUUGUCGAGUUCAUGAAAGCUCAUUUACAUGGGCAGCAAGCAUGGGCUCAUUCUUUUGUUCUUCAGAUUUUGUUGUUACCUUCGUGUCUUUUGUACUCAGCUUUGUCCAGACCCGACCUUUCAGUUAGCAUUGGUCAAAAUGAUUUCUGA